CCUACGAGGUAUCGUACGUUACGUACUACUAACAACAUUAAAAAUUAUUUUUCUUCAAUUUCACAAUCUCUUCGUCGUAUCGAAUACAAUCAUGAAAGAGGUAAUGAAUAGGUCCGCUUAUUUUCUUGCUGCAAGUGUUUUCUUGUCAUCAGCGAGAACCCAUGCAUUUCAGGGCCAAAAAAGUCUUUUCACAACAUCGCAUCAAAAGCCUUCGCCGAAUCCGAAGAAACAGCGAAUUUUGCAACAACCGCUCUUUUCGACAGUCGAAAAUGACACUUCAACACCCACCUCCACUACGGAAGCAACACCGGAUGCCGAUUUGGACAAGAGAUUUUGGGAGAUAGGACCGACCCUCAACAACCCAAACCAACCACCUCUGUCUUCCGAACUCUUGGAAGCGCUUGAAAACGGAACGCAUCCUACCGAAGACCAAAGCGAUCUUGGAAGGGGGGUGUUCCUGACGAGAGACUGGAGAAAAGCAUGGCACACAUACCAGAGCCCGCCGGACUUCCCUUCGCUCAUCGAUCCCAAGACCGGUUAUGCCGAGUAUAAAAUCGACGAAAAUACGAUGAUCGAGGGCACCAUACCCGAGGACUUAGUAGGAUGCCUCUACCGAAAUGGCCCAGGAAAAUUUGGCGUUGGGGGGGAGAGAGUCCAACACGCUCUCGAUGCUGAUGGUCUCGUCAUCCAGGUCACCUUCCCACCCAGAGACGAAGCUGGGAAUCGAAACUUCAAGUUCUUGUCCAGGUUUGUCGAGACGGACCAAAUGAAAGCGGAAGAAGAAAAGAAAGCAUUUUUGUACCGAGGUACCUUUGGAACCGGACCGACAGGAUAUGCAGAACCCCCACGAAAAGGGCUGAACGAGGAUCCCUGGGAAGUACCACUGCUCAGCAAAAUUGCUGGAAAUGUGUUUAAAACAGACAUUAAAAAUUCGGCCAACACACAAGUUAUUUCCUUUGGAGGAAAGGUACUGGCCUUGUUCGAGGCCGGUUUGCCACAUCGACUGGAUCCCAACACGCUAAAAAACAUGGGGGAAGACACCCUGGGGGGCGUUUUGAAAAAAGGCACGCCCGUAAAACUUGGACCGAGCGUUCCCGAGGAAUUCACUCCCGAUUUUAUUGGGGGCUCCGCACACACAGCCCACCCGAAUAUAUGUCCGAACACAGGAAACCUGGUAGGGUGGCACUGGUCCCAGCUGCCGGCCGAAAAAUCCCUCGAGGCCACUAUUACGGAAUGGUCUCCCGACGAUUUCAGCCCCGUGGCCUCCAAAACAUUUGUGUUGAAAAAUUGCGAGUUGGCACCCCACGACAUGGCCCUUACCAAGCACUGCGUCAUUCUCAAAGUCAAUUCACUGAAAAUGAACUCUGCGAAGUUCCUAUCGGGUAUUGAAGGGCCGGCUGCAAGCCUCGAAAUGGAUGGACGAUCGAACGUCGUCGUGCACGUCAUGCCACGGCCCACGAAUGCGGCCGAAAAGCAGUUCGAACCGUACGUAGUGGAGGUCCCAGCUUGUUUCUCGAUUCACUUUUCCCACGCAUACGAAGACGAAACCACCGGGUACAUUCGCAUGUUCUUUUCGGGCUGGCCACCUUCCGACGAGAAGGAUUUCCUGGGUGCCUGGGGAGGCUUUGCUCCAGAAUUCAAUCGAAUCCCGAAGACUUGUUUGUGGGAACUCGUAAUCGAUCCUGUGACGAAGAAAUGUGUCAAGCACGGCAUUGCACCCGGAGCCGCGAAUGCCUGCGCGGAACACCCAUUAGUGCAUCCGAAUUUUGCGACCAAACGAGCCAAGUACGUCUACGCUGCGGGUAGUAACGUGGUCGGCGACUCGAGUGCACCGUGCGGUUUCGUGAAAAUCAACGUCGAAGAAGGGGACGAAGAAACGUUGCCAGAGGGCACCAAGAACGAGGCCAUUGAUGCGUGGUGGUUUGGCACGCGAGCUUCCGCGGGGGAGCCGCUAAUCGUGCCGAAAGAAGGCGGUGACCCUAACGACGAAACCUCAGCCUACCUACUAGGAAUGGUCUAUGAUGCGGUCAUCGACAAGACGGGUGUCGCAAUAUUCGAUCUACAAAGAGAGCUGAAAGAAGGACCAGUGGCGACCUUGUGGCUGAAAUCGGCGAUUCCCCAUGGGCUGCACGGCUGCUUUGCAAAAGAUGCUACGGGUUCGUCAUCUGUGUUCUGCUAGCUUGUUUUGGUUAAACGCCUUGCAAAAAUACUAGUAGUAUAGUUCAAAUGAUAUAAUUGAUUCCAUCUGCUAUAUGUCAGGUUAUAUGAUGUUUGCCACUUUGAAGAUAUUCAUCUAGGGAGACAUUACGAUAGCAUGAUGCAAUUUCUUGUAGAAUCGCGAAAUUACAUUUGAUGAAGUAGAGAGAUACCAUCGUGUUCGUGAUACGAAAUCCUGUCACAGUUCCAAGACGAUGGUUGAAAAUACGGUAAGCUUGUUGAGUCAAAUAAAGUAUUCACUAUCUU